GCUGUUCUACUUUUAUCAAAACUUCCAACAGAAAUGGUUGGGGAUCCAUUAGGUGUGGAGCGGCUCUGUGAUGCUGUAAAUGUAAUCCUUUCCUUACAGAAUGCUGAUGGUGGUUUUGCAACAUAUGAAUUGACAAGAUCGUACCGGUGGUUGGAGUUAAUCAAUCCUGCAGAAACUUUUGGUGACAUUGUCAUUGAUUACCC